UUGCUUUGCCAAUAGCUUCUUUAAAUGUCGGUUAUGGAAGCCAUUCCCGCCACCAGCCCUGCAACCUCUAGAGCUCUACAGCAGUACCUCUUCUCUUUAUUACAGAGCUGCAACUCCAUAAGAAAACUUACCCAAAUUCAUACCCAAAUACUUGUUCACGGGUUCAACCAAAAAAGCUACAUUCUUGUUAGAUUAUUAUCAUUCUAUGUAUCUUCUGGGUGUCUCCAUCAUGCCCUCAAAAUUUUUGAAAAUGUCGAAAACCCUAGUACUACUUUGUGGAACCAGAUGAUUAGAGGCCAUUCCAGAAGUGAAACUCCCCGAAAAUCUGUUCAAUUAUAUAAUCAGCUGGUGGGUGUGGGGGCUGAGCCUGAUGGGUUUACUUAUUUGUAUGUUCUUAGUGCUUGUGCGAGGUCAGGGUUGGUGAGAGAAGGGGAGCAGGUGCAUGCGAGAGUUUUGGCAAAUGGGUUUGAUUCUAAUGUGUUUGUCCAGACGAGUUUGGUUAAUUUGUACGCAAUUAGUGGAGGGUCAGGGUGUGGCGUUGAGUAUGCACGCCGGGUGUUUGACGAUAUGGGUGAGAGGAGUGUUGUGAGUUGGAAUUCACUGCUUGCGGGGUAUAUAAGGUGUCGGAAUGUUGAUGGGGCGCGGCAAGUUUUUGACGAGAUGCCAGAGAGGAAUAUUGUCUCGUGGACAACCAUGAUUGCGGGGUGUGCUCAAAACGGGAGGUGCAAGCAAGCUUUGUCUUUGUUUGGUCAGAUGAGGAGGUCCAAUGUGGAACCGGACCAGGUGGCGCUAGUGGCAGCGUUAUCGGCCUGUGCUGAAAUAGGGGACUUGAAAUUGGGAAGGUGGAUUCACUGGUACAUUGAAGAGAGAUUGUGGAUGAAGUCCGAGCCACGGUUGGUGACUUUGUACAAUGCACUCAUACACAUGUAUGCCAGUUGCGGUUUAAUUGAAGAAGCCUAUAAAUUGUUCAAUCAGAUGCCAAGAAGAAGCACUGUCUCGUGGACCAGCAUCAUCGUUGGGUUUGCAAAGCAGGGUCACGGGGAGGAAGCUCUUCAUAUCUUUCAAUUGAUGCUGAGCUCCGGAGUUGAUGAUGUAAGACCUGAUGAGAUAACUUUCAUUGGUGUCUUGUGUGCUUGUAGCCAUGCUGGAUUAGUUGACGAGGGCCGCCGAAUUUUCAAGUUCAUGAUGCAAACUUGCGGACUUACCCCAAGGAUUGAGCACUAUGGGUGCAUGGUUGAUCUCUUGAGCCGAGCUGGUUUUCUAGAAGAAGCACAUAUGCUUGUGGAGACUAUGCCCAUGAAUCCAAACGAAGCUGUGUGGGGUGCUCUCCUUGGCGGUUGUAGGCUUCACAAGAAUGCUGAGCUCGCAUCACAUGUGGCUAAAAAAUUGACAGUUGCACUUGACCCUGACCAAGCUGCAGGUUAUCUUGUGCUCUUAUCAAACGUGUAUGCCUCUACUAAAAGAUGGCUAGAUGUUGCUUCUGUGAGGCAGAAAAUGGUUAAGAUGGGCGUGAGAAAGCCCCCAGGCCGAAGUUGGGUUCAAAUCAAUGGAGUUGUUCAUGAUUUUGUGGCAGGUGAUAGGACCCAUAAGCAUGCAUCUGUAAUCUAUGAGAUGCUUGGUGAAAUCACCAGGCCAGCACUGCAGGAGGGCUCCAAACCAGACAUAUCAGAUAUGCUUUCCCAUGUUGCAGAAUAGCAAGAAAAAUAUGUCGACAUCUCAGACAGCUCUCUCUUCUUUUUGAAUUUGGAAAGCUUCGGGUCAAUUUUCCUGCAAUGCAAUCUGCCAUGCUACUGGAAACAUCUUGUCUGACAUACGGUGUAUGAGACUUGCAUCCAUUUUCAUCAUUUCUAGUGGGAUAUCAUUUUCUGUGAUGACCCUUUUUGUUUAAUUUUUAGAGUCACAAGUUCUUUCAGAGUCCUAUGUUGACAGUAGAACACUGGAAUCAUUCUUAGCUCUUGAUGGGUAAGUCAAACAGAAGCAUGUCCUCAAGCUCUCUCAAACUUUUUAGCCUGUAAAGUCAAAACAGUGUUUGUAAAUUAAAUAGA